UGGCGAGCCUAACUCACUCACUAAGUAGUGAGAAGACAGUUGCACAAGCUACUUCAUAGCAAGGAAUUUAUAAUGGCCAUUCGUUGGGGUAUUGUAAGCGCUGGCAAAAUCAGCCACGACUUUGUGAAUUCAGUGAACUCUUACCCGGAUAAGGGAGAUCAAGUGAUUGCUGCUGUCGCUGCCAGGGAUAGGCAGAGGGCCGCUGAGUUCGCUAAACUGCAUAAUAUACCAAAAGUUUUUGACGACUAUCGAGCAUUGGCCGAGAGCAAAGAUAUAGAUGUCGCGUAUGUGGGUGUGCUGAAUCCAGAUCACUAUGAUGUCACCAAACUUUUCUUGGAAAACGGUAAACAUGUGCUAUGUGAAAAGCCACUUUGCCUUAACUUCAAACAAGCGCAAAGUUUAUUGAAUUUAGCAAAAGAGAACAAGUUGUUUUUAAUGGAAGCCGUUUGGUCACGCUUCGCUCCCGUUUAUUUGGCUCUAGAGGAAGAGAUAAAAGCAGGAAAACUGGGAGAAAUAAGGCACGUUGAAGUAAACUUUGGUGUUCCUAUUGAGAAAGUUGAUAGAGUAAAUAAAAAGGAUUUCGGUGGAAGUGCUGUUCUCGAUAUUGGCAUUUACGUACUGCAAUUCGCUCAGUUUGUUUACAAAACUGAACCAGUCAAAGUAACGGCUGUGGGAAAUCUUAACGAAAACGGAGUUGAUAUCGUGGAUACUAUAGUCAUGGAAUAUGAAGGCAACGGACGGGCUGUCCUUAACGUAGAUGCAAGACUUAAACUAUGGAACAAGGCUACAGUUGUUGGGACUAAAGGUCGAAUCACGAUUGAAGACCCCUUCCACUUUCCCGACAAAUUAAUUCAUGUGGAUGGCACCGAAGAGAAGUUUCCCUUACAUACAUCAAGCAUACCUUACAAUUUCCAAAAUAGCGCAGGAUUAGUCUAUCAGACAUUAGAGGUCGCGAGAUGUAUACGCGAAGGGCUCUUGGAAUCACCGCAUAUUCCACACAGCGAAAGCCUUACUCUUGCAAAACUUGAGGAUACAAUCAGAAAACAGGUUGGAGUGCAUUAUGAUGUUGAUAAUCAAGUGUUUCCUUGAGAUUCUACUGCUUUAACUUCAUAGUAUUCAAUAUUAUUUACAGGGUUAGGUAAACAUGGAUAUUGACAUUUUAUGUCUUAUAUAAAAAAAAUAUAUUUAUCAUGC